GGCGAUACUGUAAGGUCCCAUGGGAAGUGACAGUGACUUGGGCACCAUUAAAAAAUGUCAUAAUUGUUUUGAUUGGAUAUUUCCUCAAAUAUUUAAUGUUUCUAGUGGAUUUUUAAUGAAAUGUCUCGAGCCAAGUCGCGACAAAACGUUGAAGUAUGUGGGGAUUGUGGUGCCACAGAUCCUACAUGGGCGUCAGUCAACAAGGGCAUAUUACUAUGUACUCAGUGCUGCAGCAUCCACCGCAGUUUGGGCAGGCACAUAACUCAAGUGAAAUCGUUGCUGAAAAGUACUUGGAACCCAAAUCAACUCAAUAUGGUGACCACUUUGAAUAAUAAUGGAGCGAAUAAUAUAUGGGAGCACACUCUACUGGAAAAUGGGUCGAAAUUGUUGAAGAAGAAACCCGGCCUCAAGGACCCUUUAAGCAUCAAGCAGGAGUACAUAAAGGCCAAACACCAGCAUUGUCUAUACGCGUUUCGGGAAAAUUACGAAGACGGCCUGCUCAGUGUGGAGAAUGAGAUUGGAAAACAGUUGCAUGCCAGUGUGCGGACUCCGAACUUGGAGACUUCCUUUAGACUGCUGGCAUUGGGGGCUGACCCGAACUAUUUUCACGAUGAAAAGGGUUCAACUCCACUGCACGUUGCCGUAAAGUCCGACCAAAAGCUCCAAGUGGAACUUCUUUUGGUUUAUGGGGCUGAUCCGACUUGCCCAGACAACCAUGGGCGAACGUCUCUGGACUAUGCCAGACAGUCCAAUAACAAGGAACUGAUGAGCCGACUAACUGAGAGCCAAUAUGAAGUAACAGACACUUUCAGCUUCUACUUGUCGCUUCGCAAGCCAGACCAUUCCACUGGAGUGCAUUUUCUAAUCCCGCCCACUGGCUUCAAGUCGAAUCCUGCUUCGCUGGCAAAACUUCAAAAGUUGCCCAACCAUGUCUUCGAGGAACUGGUGAUGGACGUGUAUGAUGAAGUCGACCGAAGGCAAACUGAAGCAAUCUGGUUGAGUUGCGCCGAUACAACCGAGCUAAAUGAUGUUCCGUUCCUACCAGUGGACAAUACUCUUUCCUCCACUCGAAACCAGGGCCGGCAGAAACUGGCCAGGUUUUCCACUCCCGAGCUUAAAAGCCUGGUUUACGAUAUUCUGGUUGAUACUCAACGCAGACAAAGCGUGGAUAAAGGGAGCAUGUUGAAACUGCGAGAAACCUCCGAAGUGGACGACAGCGACGACCCCCUGUACGACUCAGUGGCUGAAGACGAAGAUUACGCGAUUCCCUUAAGCAAAGAGGAUCUAGCUGCAAAUAAAGACAGCAUGAUAUCAAUCGACAGCAUCAACAAGACCAACCAGGUGCUCGAGCAGCUGACAAAGCAGCUGAAAAACUCGGACAACACCAUAACCGAUCUGCGCUUGGAGGUGGCCAAGCUGAGGCAAUGCGUGAAAGUUCUCCAGAGCGAAAAUUGCGACUUGAGAAGUCGCCUCUCACAGAAAUCCUCCAUCAUGAACGGAGAUAGUGGAUUUGACUCGUUGGAGUUCAUUGGAGAGAAUCAAGCUACAGAAUCGUUUCAAUCCAUCACCAACGGCAAAGGGAGCGACGACGUGGACUUGAGGCAGAAAAAGGGCCAACAGCGUCCAACUAGCAUGUACGAAACCAGGGAGGGCAUCCACAAAGUGCACAAUUGGCAUGCUCUGAAAGAGCAAUUGAAGCAAAAUGACAACGCCAGAAACACAUCUCCGGGUAUCUAUUCGUCGCCCUACGACAGAGAAACCGUUCUACAAUGCACUGAGCAGAUAACCCGCACUAUUCAGCAACUAUGUAAAAGCAUCCAGGAGCCGGAAAAAGAAGAAUGCGUGGCGAAUGGCGAAAAAGUGAAAUCCGCAAUCGUUAAACUCGCUGGGACUUUGUCAAAGGAUGCCGAGGGCGAAAAAAUCAAGCUCAUGCUUGAGGUGGUAAACCGGCUACACCCUGAAUGCGUGAAUCUGCAACUGGCGCGCGUUAAAAGCGACAAUAAAGCGGUGGAUGUGCAUUUCAGCAACAUCAGAGACAUCGCCUUCAAUCUUGCCAAAUUCACUAAGGAAAUCGUUACAAAAUAUUCAUCAUGCCAAUGAUAGUGUUAACUCGUUAUUUUGAAACUAGAAGCUUAUUAAUUACUAAACCGUUUUUUCUCGUUAACGCCGAUUGGUGUUUGUUAAGUGUAAUUUUACACCCGUUAUCGCUUUUAUCUAGUUUAGGCAUUCUAGUUAACGUUGGAUUUAUCUGUAGUUACGUUUGAAUACUUGCUGAUGUUACUAAUUUUGACUGACUUCGUUUUAGUUUAUUAUAUUUCCAAGGUACUAUGAAAUGUUGAUUGCAUAGUGCUGUGGCGAAUAUAAUACACAUUCCGUUCUACAUCAACAGUUCCAUUUCUCUAGAUUUCCUAGAUUGAAAAGUAUUUAAUAGAUAAUAGGUACAUUUCCUCCGAGCUUUUAAAAAAUGUGAUUUAUAAUACACGAAUCGGGACAGUUUGCAAUUGACUGUGGAUGGAUUUUUAAACGUUGUUUGAGAUGGGUUUUUUGUUACUUAGUGGGCACUUCUCACCUCAAGCCAGCGGCUCUUAAGAAUCUCUCGACUGUAUAGACGUUAUAUGCCCACUCCCUCAAAUCAACGCAUAGCUUUUUAAUGGUACACAAGUUCUCGCAUUAUUAACGUUAAAAUAACUAUUGAAAUACACUCAAUGUUUAUAGACAAAUAUGUAUUACAAAAAUACGUAAUCACUUACUGUAAUAUGACUGACUUUACAUAGGUUUUAUAUGCUAAUAAACAUAUCGUUUCAA